AUGCGUGCCGCUACAAAACAACUAAGCACUUCUCCCCCAAAUGCCCUCCGUCGUCUGCAACAGGAGCUUGUUGAUGUGACUGAUAAUCCAAUCGAGGGUAUCAAAGUUCAUUCUGUUGCCGAAAAUAUCUUCAUAUGGAAGGUUGCCAUAUUUGGUGCGCCUGGAACGAUCUAUCAGGUCCUUUUACAAUAUUCGUUUUUGAAAGUACAUAUAUUGAAAUUUUUAAUUUUACAGGGAGGCUACUUCAAGGCGACGCUCAAGUUCCCGCCCAAAUAUCCAUUCGAGCCUCCUUCCAUGCGCUUCGAUAAUCCAAUCUUUCAUCCUAAUGUGUAUAAGGACGGAAGGGUAUGCAUAAGCAUCUUGCACCCGCCUGGCCAGGAUAAGCUGAGUGGAGAAUCGGCCGCCGAACGUUGGAACCCUGCUCAUGGCGUCCGCAGUAUUCUACUCUCCGUGAUAUCGAUGCUGAAUGAGCCUAACAUUUCUUCACCGGCAAAUGUGGAUGCUUCUGUGAGCUACCGCAAGUAUAAGGAGAAUGGCAACAAAGAAUUCCCAGAUAUAAUCAAGAAAAUGGUUGAAAAGUCGAAGGCGGAGGCAGCUAAGGACGGAGUGAAGGUACCUGAAACUGAGGAGGAGUACGUAAUCAAGGCUCGAGUAAAGCGUCAGCAAGCGGAGAACGAAGGCGGCACUGAUAAUGGCGAUGUUGGCCUAGAGGAAGAGUUCUAUGAUGCUUGA